AUGGACGUCAGCAUUCAGAGAGCUCUCAACGACAAGCUCUACGACAAGCGCAAGGUCGGCGCACUCGAGCUGGAACGAGUCAUCCGAGAACUCGUCGUAACGAAGGAUUACCCCAGAGUCCAGGCCAUCCUCGAGCAGCUUUGCAAUGAGUUUGCCUACGCCGUCCAUCAGCCCCAUGCCAGAAACGGAGGGUUGAUAGGGCUGGCUGCAGCUGCCAUUGCUCUUGGUCAUGAGUUGCCCCGUUAUCUCGAGAAGAUCGUGCCCCCAGUUCUUGCAUGCUUCACCGAUCAAGAUGCCAGAGUCAGAUACUACGCAUGCGAAGCCAUGUACAAUAUUGCCAAGGUCGCCAAAGGAGAGAUAUUGAUUUACUUCAACGAUAUCUUUGACGCUCUCUGUAAGCUGGGAGCAGACUCCGAGUUAUCCGUUAAAAACGGUGCCGAGCUGCUCGAUCGUCUCAUCAAAGACAUUGUCUCUGAAUCAGCUGCUUCAUACGUUUCCGUUCUUGAGGGAGAACUGGGUCAAGAUAUACCCGACAAGGAUGAGCUCCAAGACCGCCCGCCUCCUCCCACCGCCUUCUCCUUGCGCCGCUUCAUUCCACUCCUUCAGGAGCGCAUUUGGGUGAUCAAUCCCUUCACCCGUCAAUUUCUGGUUGGCUGGAUCACAUUGCUUGAUUCCAUUCCCGACCUGGAACUUGUCACUUUUCUUCCCGACUUCCUGGCAGGCUUGCUCAGGUUCUUGAGCGACCCAAAUAGAGAUGUACAUGUGGCAACGAGGGCUUGCCUCGACAAGUUUCUCAGCGAGAUCAAGAGAAUAUCUAGGAUCAAGAAAGGCAUUGCCGAGAGCAAAAAGUCGCGCGAAGGUGGCAAACGCAAGCGCGAGGAAUCGGUCGAUUCGGAUAGUGUUCAGAUCGGUCCCGAAGAAGGUGAUGAAAUUGACUCUCAAACAGACGAUAGUGAGAGCAGUGGCGAGGAAGACUGGAUACCCGGCCAAGACGUUCAGAUCAAUUACCGAAAGAUCCUCGAGAUACUGACCGCUACUCUUGAUUCUCCGCUUGAAGAGGAUUCUCUCUUAGAGUCUCUACGAUGGAUCGUCGAGUUCUUGGAUAUCUGCCCAGAAGAAGUGCUGCCGUUUACUCCAAAGGUUCUGGCCCACAUGCUGCCUGCUAUGGCCAGCGGCGUCGAAUCCAUCCGCCAAGCUGCUGCUCGUGUCAAUGCUGGUCUGAUGGACUAUGUGGUCUCCCUAUCUGACGAACCUGAAAUCGGCGGUCAUUCUCACUCAACGUCACGCAUUCCCGUUUCUGGCGAAAAACAAGAGGGCCCCUCUAGUGCGCGGGCUUCUCUAUCUAGUUCGCGAGACCUCGAACUGAGGAGCCCAACCCCGGCCCAGGGCCACAACCGCUCCCUCUCAACUCCGAACCCACCGUAUGCAAGCAACCAUCCCCAGGUGGAUCUGGACUACGCUGCAGCAGUGAACGCCUUGACACUUCUAUUUCUCAACGAUCAUGAGGCGACCCGUGUUGCUGCCUUGACAUGGUUGAUCAUGCUUCACAGAAAGGCCCCUAGAAAAGUGCUCGCCUUCAAUGACGGAACUUUCCCUGCCCUGCUUAAGACGCUUUCUGAUCCAGCCGAAGCCGUUGUUACCAAGGAUCUGCAACUUCUCUCGCAGAUCUCUCGGAAUAGCGAAGACGACUACUUCUCCAAUUUCAUGGUGAACCUACUGCAGCUGUUUGCUACUGACAGGAAACUGCUCGAGACACGAGGGAAUCUAAUCAUCCGCCAGCUUUGUGUCAGCCUAAGCGCGGAGCGGAUCUAUCGUACACUCGCAGAUUGCAUAGAGAAGGAGGAAGACGUCGAGUUUGCUAGCAUCAUGGUACAGAACCUGAACAACAAUCUCAUCACGGCCCCGGAGCUUUCAGAACUUCGAAAGAGACUUCGCAAUCUCGAGUCAAAAGAUGGCCAAACAUUCUUCGUUGCCCUUUUCCGCUCGUGGUGCCACAAUGCCGUCGCUACGUUUUCCCUUUGCCUGUUGGCACAAGCUUACGAACAGGCGUACAAUCUCCUGCAGAUUUUUGCCGAGCUCGAGAUGACGGUGAACAUUCUCAUCCAGAUAGAUAAGCUGGUUCAGUUGAUAGAGUCUCCUGUGUUCACUUACCUUCGACUGCAGUUACUAGAGCCGGAGAAGUUUCCCCAUUUGUACAAGUGUCUAUACGGUCUCUUGAUGCUUCUCCCACAAUCCUCAGCCUUUGCGGCCCUCAAGAACCGCCUUAACGCCGUCAGUUCCAUUGGUUAUCUUCAUAUUGCUCCCAAAGUUAGCCCUCCAUCUGCCACCAGUUCAACCUACGACAGGCCGAAUAGACUCAAGAGUCGGGAAGAUAGUAUUAUUCGAUGGAAUGAGUUGCUAGAGAAGUUCCGGACCGUGCAAGAAAGGGCCCGACGAGCCCAGAGGCACUCUGGUGAUCUCGAUGAUGGCCGAAGCAGCCUUGGAGUCGCGGACCUGCGCCUUGGGGAAGGCCUUGACAUAAAAGGCCCCAAAGAGGCACGUAAUUCGAGCGGGCCGCCAGUCCCUACCAAGGACCCUCCUCCGCCAGUUGCACCGCCGGCAGCCAAGAGGUCGGGUCUCGGGAUGAGGCAGAUCAGGAACCUGGGGGGCGCAGUCAGGGGAAAGCGGCCCGGUUGA